AAUAAUUGUGAAGACAUAUCUAGGUAUUUUCAUUCUUCGUUUCGGGUGGGUGUUGGCGAGUAUAUAAGCACAAUCAUUAAAGCUAGUACAUAUAUCUCCGAGUGCCUCAGAGAUGAAGGGAGUUGUGCUACUACUUUGGGCCACGGUAUGCUGCGUCAGCGGCGGUGCAGUUGUGUGGCCAGGGGCGAUUCCACUACCUGCUUCGUUCAGAUCUAUUAUACCACCACAAGUUAAAGGAUUUGCAUAUUCAACAAGCCAAUACAUUAAUGCGGUGCAACCAUCAUAUACUAUCGGAUAUCAACCGCAAGUUGGAUAUCAAAUACCUCAGCUUGGAGUAUACCCUACGUAUCCCGGAAUCUCUUUCCAACCCGUUUUAGCGCCCCCAUACUAUCCAGGGGCUAACCCACUAUAUCCUGGUCUAAGCCCCAUAGGACCGCCUAUAUCUGUUGCUCCGUCUCCACCACCUCAAAGUGGGCCCGCACCACCCUCGCAGGAUGCGGCUGGAGAUGAAGAUACUGCAAUCGUUGACUCAGCAGAAUUCCCAUCUGAUCAAAGAGGACAAAUUCAGCCAGACCCCUCUCAAGGAUUCCAAACACCAAUUAACACCGGAUCCUAUGAUUCUAAAAACAUGCCUGCAUACCCUCAAAUUCAAAGCCCAGAGAUACCACAACCCCCACCAAUACCUCAACCGCCUAAAAUACCAGGAGUUCCUGAAAUUCCCCAACCACCACCAAUACCACAAGGUCCUCAAACGCCAGACAUUCCCCAGAUACCACAAAUUCCGCAAAUUCCUCAGUAUCCAGGGUCCGCCAGUGGAAUUUUCCAAUUUCCACAAUUCUCUCAGCCGCAGCUAUUUCAACCUAACCCAUCAUAUCCGCAAGCGCCUUCACAGAGUCAACCUUCAGAUUCCCAGUUCAAUUUUCCUUCACCAGCUACCGGUACCCAGAGUCUAAGUGACGAGGAUUCAAUAGCCGUAGAUUCAGCUUAAAGGUUAAGUUAGGUUAUUGUGCCUUACAAUGAGUUAAUCGAUGAAACAUGUAAUAGAUUUUAGGUAUUCUGGUCAUACUGAUGUAGAAUUUGGUAAUGCUUCUAUUAUAGGCGAUUACAAUCUAUCACGA